AUGGCUACAUCAACCAUAGUAGCACGACCGCUACCCGCACUGCCGGAAGGUUGGUCUGCAGAGAAAGACUUCAAACCAAUUGGUUCUAUUACUGCAUCAACUCAGCGUACUAUUGAACCUGUCGGCCCUCAUUUCCUUGCCCAUGCCCGUCGUGCUCGCCAUAAGCGCACAUUUUCCGAAGAUGAUCGAAUUCAAGCACAGGAGAGCGCCAAGAAAAUCGAGAAGGACGAUGAGAGCGAUGUUAGCGAACCUGAGGAUCCUUUAAUGCUUCAGCGGGAAGCCAAGGACUGGAAGUCGCAAGAUCACUACCAAGUACUAGGUCUAUCAAAGUACCGAUGGAAGGCAACGGAGGAACAGAUCAAGCGUGCUCACCGUAAGAAGGUCCUAAAGCACCACCCGGACAAGAAGGCGGCCCAGGGCAGUACUGAGGACGACAACUUCUUCAAGUGUAUCCAAAAAGCUACUGAGGUCCUACUUGACCCUGUUAAGCGCCGACAGUUCGACUCUGUUGACGAGAAGGCCGAUGUCGACCCGCCCACCAAGAAGGAGCAGGCCAAGGGCAAUUACUACAAGCUCUGGAGCCGCGUCUUCAAGUCCGAAGCCCGCUUCUCCAAGCAGCAGCCCGUGCCCACCUUCGGGGAUGAGAAGUCGGCCAAGGAAGAAGUCGAGAACUUCUAUAAUUUCUGGUACAACUUCGACUCGUGGCGCUCGUUUGAAUACCUAGACGAGGAUGUACCAGACGACAACGAGAACCGCGACCAAAAGCGUCACAUGGAGCGCAAGAACGCCAACGCCCGCAAAAAGAAGAAGGCCGAGGACAACGCGCGCCUGCGCAAGCUUCUAGACGACUGCUCCGCCAGCGAUGAGCGUAUCAAGAAGUUCCGCCAGGAAGCCAACGCCGCCAAGAACAAGAAGCGUCUCGACAAGGAAGCCGCCGAGAAGAAGGCCAAGGAGGACGCCCGCCUGAAGAAGGAAGCAGAAGAGAAGGCCGCCAAGGAGGCCGAAGAGAAAGCUAAGACGGAGCGCGAAGCCAACAAGAAGGCCAAGGAGGCCGCCAAGAACGCUGUCAAGAAGAACAAGCGUGUGCUGCGUGGUUCCAUCAAAGACGCCAACUACUUUGCCGGUGCUGCCGACGCUAGCCCCGCCCAGAUCGAUGCCGUGCUGAAUGACGUCGAUCUCGUGCAGGGCAAGAUAGAUCCCGACGAGAUCGCAGCUCUGGCUAGCAAGCUAGGCGGCCUCAAGGUCGCGGACGAGAUCAAGGGCGUGUGGAGCGAGGAGGUCAAGAGACUAGUCGCUGCUGGCAAGCUAAAGGAUGGUGAGGCCAAGGCAUUGGUGUAG